AUGAGUCGUAGAAAGCGUGCAAAGGUUGAAAAUCGCGAAUUGGAUGAGAAAUUGAAGCAGGAUGACUCUGAAUCUGAUCAAUCUGAGAAGAGCAAGGUCACAUCUUCUAGUCCUACGUCUGUCGGUGGUCGUAGGGAGUCGUCUUCGAGUCGAAACGCUGAUGGAAAGGAGACCAAAAAAGAGGAGAGUAAAAUAGUGAUCGAGGAGCCUAGAGCUGAAGAUAUUGAAGAAAUCAAUUAUAAAGAAAUGCUUAACAGUUUGGAAGGGGCAGCAUUUCAAUCAAGACUGCCUUUCGAUAAGAUGUCUUCUAUGGAGGCAGAAUGCUUCUCUGAUCUCCAAGGACCCUCGAGCCAUACAUUCAUACAGGUCAGGAAUAGAGUUCUCAAGAUGUGGUUUGAAGAUCCGAAAAAACAGUUGACUCAGGAGCAAGCUGUUUUAAAAAUGGAAGCACCGUACAAUGGGGAUCCAGCCCUAGUGAUUAGAACACAUGCAUUUUUAGACCGUCAUGGUUUUAUAAAUUAUGGAAUCUAUGAGAGGAUCACACCUAUUCCUUCUCCUCCAAAAGGAAAGCAGCGACCAAAGGUCAUCAUUAUUGGUGCAGGAGUAUCCGGAUUAGCGGCCGCUCGCCAACUGCAAUCCUUUGGUUGUGAAGUUGUAAUACUGGAGGGCAGAGACAGAGUUGGCGGUCGCAUCUGUACUUAUCGAAAAGGCCCCUAUGUUGCUGACUUAGGUGCCAUGGUGGUUACUGGAUUAGGUGGUAACCCAGUGACGACUCUCUCUGUUCAAAUGAACAUGGAGUUACAUAAAAUUAAACAGAAGUGUCCUCUUUAUGAGGCCACUGGCAAUCAAGUUCCUAAACAUAAAGAUGAAAUGGUGGAACGUGAAUUCAACAGGCUUCUUGAUGCUACUUCCUAUUUGUCCCAUCAAGUGGAUUUUAAUUAUUACAACGAUACUCCAGUCUCUUUGGGACAAGCUUUGGAGUGGGUCAUUAAAUUACAACAGAAGAAUGUUAAACAUAAGCAGAUACAACAUCUAAAAGCAGUAAUAACAUUGCAAGAAAAAAUAAAAACAAAUGUAAACAAAAUGACUGACAUAAAAGAACUACUAAGAUCAAUGAAAGCCGAAAAGGAAUCAUUAUUAACCGAUAGAGAAAAAGGCACAACUGGCGAUGCCAGUGUCCUCCAAGAAUUCAAUUUACGACGAUUGAAUCGCGAAAUGAAUCAACUGUGCAACGAAUACGAGACUUUCGUUUCGCAAAAUAAUAGCAUUGAAGAUAAACUGACGCAGCUGGAAUCUAAUCCACCGAGUUCAGUGUAUCUGUCAGUUCGUGACAGACAAAUCCUGGACUGGCAUUUCGCCAACCUAGAGUUCGCGAACGCCACGCCGCUGGGUAACCUGUCGCUGAAGCAUUGGGACCAGGACGACGACUUCGAAUUCACUGGGAAUCAUCUGACAGUACGCAACGGCUAUUCCUGCGUGCCAGUAGCUCUUUCGGAUGGUCUCGACAUCAAACUUGGUACAUCAGUCACAGAUAUCGUAUACGGAGGCCCAGGAGUCAUCGUGAAGGCCGUCAAUCCUAGGGCUCCAAGUCAGCAGCAGGUCUACAAGGGUGACGUAGUUCUUUGCACACUUCCACUGGGUGUGCUCAAAGUAGCCGUGGCCAACAAUGGCCAAAAUCAACAAAACCAUGUUAAGUUCGACCCGCCGUUGCCGGACUGGAAGGUGGCGGCUAUAAAACGACUUGGAUAUGGAAAUUUGAACAAAGUUGUACUUUGCUUCGAACGUACGUUUUGGGAUCCUAGCGCAAAUCUGUUCGGACACGUCGGAACUACAACCGCCAGCCGAGGAGAGCUCUUCCUCUUCUGGAAUUUAUACAGCGCACCGGUUCUACUGGCGCUGGUAGCUGGAGAAGCUGCAGCUGUGAUGGAGAACGUUACUGAUGACGUUAUCGUUGGUCGAUGCAUAGCUGUGCUGAAAAGCAUUUUCGGGCAUGCCGCUGUGCCACAGCCUAAAGAGUGUGUGGUUACUAGGUGGCGUGCUGAUCCCUACGCUCGUGGCUCCUACAGUUUUGUAGCAGUAGGAUCUUCGGGAACUGACUAUGAUCUGCUAGCAGCUCCCGUUCCAGGAGCUGAUGGAGAGAAUAGACUGUUCUUUGCAGGUGAACACACAAUGCGUAACUACCCUGCCACGGUGCAUGGCGCGUUCCUCUCAGGGUUACGCGAGGCGGGUCGUCUAGCCGAUCUUCUGUUACCUCAGCCACCGAUUACAAAUGCGAGUGUCGCUGCAGCAACUGCUGCUGCUGCUGCCGCUGCGGCACAUUACAAAUCUUAGGUUUCUAAAUAACUUAAUGCAACGGCCUCAGAAAGUUAAUGAUUUACUUUCAAUAACGUCACGAUCUUUAAUUACAGUACCACCAAUUUAUUUGUAAUAAGCAAUACAAGUAACUAACGGCAGAAUAGUAAAAAAAAAAUCAAACGUCGUUACUGUGAUUACUAGCAACACUCCAUUAGUCACUAGUGCCUCAUACACAUGUUGAUCGACUUAUAGUUUAGUUUGACAGCUAUAUGGCACAACACAAUAUGUUCCCAAGUAAGCAUAGCAAUGAAUCAUUAAGCGCCCUGUAAAAUAUCAAAAAAUCGUAACUUAAGUUAUUGAAUGUCACGAUGUUUGACCACCAUGAUAUUCAAUUAUUUUUGUGAAACUAAGCUGGAUUUACAUUUGUCUGACGUGUCACGUCGUGACGCAUCAGACCAGUAUCGGUUUAUACAUUUAAUAUGCCGUGACGGCUUGUGCUGUGUGUAUAAAACCGAUACCCUCCUGACGCGUCACAACACGACAUGUUAUUCAUCUGUAAAUCCGCCUUUACUCCACUAGUUUAUUAUAAUUAUUACUAUAAAAAAUUCUGAUCCGGCUGGUUUCGAACCAACGUCUUUCAGCAAACCGUGCCAUCAGCAAGCCAUGGAACGAACUAACGGACCUUACGAAUUUUUCUAUUUGUUUGUUGCAGAUCUUUGCUUUUGUUUAAAUUCUCAUUCAUUGGUUCCGUGGCUUAGUUGGCAUAGCGUCUGUCACAGUUUGUUGAAAAAGGUUGGUUCGAAUCCAGCCAGGUCGAAGGAUUGUUUUCCAAGUGUUCGAUCUUUGUAUUAAUUAUCCAAAAAUUUGUCAAAGUUUUUGGACAUCCGCGAUCAUGUUUGAUGCGUUUGUUGAAUAAACUACGUGUAUGAUGAAAGUCUAGAUUUGACUCCGUUUUGCACAAACAAAUUUGUCCGUCAAUCAAGACGGCAGUGCUCGCCUAAAAUAUAGUUGUAGUAGCGAUAGUAACUCUUCAAAAAUUUUGUUGUUCAUGUGAAGAAAGUUAGAAUAGUCUUCUAUUUCUUCAGUCAACCAUUCUCUGGACCAACGUCUAUUCAUUUUUUUCUUAAUACAGUGUUACGGUUGUUGCCAGAAACGCUUUGUCUGUUACUUUUUUUGUAGUACGGUACUAAUUACAGGGAAAAUUGUCAAAAUUGUUUGAUUUGCAAUUUGAUGUUUUGCAUUUUUUGAAGAAAACGCGAAGUUUGAUGGGCAAAUUUGACAAGCAAAUUGAAUCGUUUACAAGGUGCUUAAGGGAUAUAUCAAACUAGUCGACGCGACAUCGACUUGUGUAUUGUGUUGGUUGUCGAUAGGUAGACUUUAGGUACCUAAACGGGCUCAAUGCAUUUAAUUAAUAAUUUAGAGAAAUCGAACGCCGUCUAGGGAAACGAAAAAGAUUACAUAAUCUUUGUUUUGGUUCAGUCAUGUUUUGUGCCUUAUGUAUAUGUGAAUGUUAUAUUAAACAACUAAAGUAUGUCAAUUUAUAUACGAGGUUUUUACCCACAACCAUCGAGUAU